AUGCAGCAGCUCUCUAGUUCCAACUCUUCCUCAUCUCCCUCCGCAUCUACGAAUUGUCCCGUCGCCUCUACCGCCGCUGCCGAUUCGAUCGAUCCCGAAGACGACGACCAUCGCCAUCGCCAAGCUGCCGCCAACGCUGUUGGGGAGGCUUACAACAGAGCUGCAACAGCCGGCAUAGUUGCCCACGUCCCUCCCCGAGUUCCAGCACCAGCAUGGAGGCGAGAUCCUAGCAUACCAACCCUGGCCUCCAACGUGCCCGUGUCCGACUCCGCGACACCAUCAUUGACGGCCUCGACUGCCAGCGCUAUCCAACAGGCGAGUGCACUCACGAUCGCCAGUCGGCGAGGCAUCAGCGCGCCCACCGGAGGGCUCACGCAGCCUCCCGUUCCGGCGAAGCGUCCCUCUGCCCCGACCAGAGGCGAAACCGUCAUGCAACCGUCUCCUGUGAAGAAAGCUCGCACCGGUGCGUCGCCACCUCGCAAGGUCGAAAUCCCCAGUCAAGCUUUGGGUCUUCAUCCCUCCGCCGCAAGAGGAAAGAAGGAAGGGCCCCUCUCCCCCCUCUUCUUCUCGCACACACCUUCAAGACAUGUCAACCGCCCCACGGUCUUUCCUGCCGGUGACCCAGCUGUAUCGAUGCUCUCCCGUAUGCGAGAAGACCCAGCUGGAGGCGUUACGACGCUCAAGCUGCCUCGCGCAAGUGUGAGUUCUAUCAGCCCUGGCAGAUCUGAGAGCACACCUGGUAGUUGGGGCUCUUCAAUGGACGCACCUGCGCAUUCUGGAAGCCCAGACAGUCGCACCCUCCCACCAGGGCUACAAAUGCUGCAGGGUAUUGGCGUUAUCGAGUUUCUUGAGCAAGAUGAGAGACCGAGCUUCCUGAUAGACUUGGAUAAUGCGGCCAAUGGUAGCCGCGCCGGGCUACAUAUUCUUUACUAUAAUGCUUCCCUGCGAGUUGCGCACGAACUUCUCCAGUUCCUGACGGUAGAUCAAGAAGAUGCCAGCCCAGAGACCGAUUUUGGACGCUUUAAAUCAUGGAUCAUGACCUCCGCCAAAGCUCGAACGCUAUCUGAAGCGAACUCCGCUACGCAUGUCUACGCUGGCAUCACAUGGACCUAUUCGACACUGAGGCGAAGAUUCCGUUUCGUCAGCGCCCGCGCAGGCUUUGCUAGCUCUCGACCAAGCUCUGCACUCCCUCUUAUUGACGAGGCUGCUGCCCCGGAGAGUCGAAGCGUUGCACACUCACCAGAGAUGCCAGUUACCCCUGACGCUGAAAUCGUUGAUGCCCCCGACUAUUUUGGUGAUGCCGAGCCUGAGGGGGUCACUUUCAGCACCAACAACCCUGAUGGCGCUGAAGUUGAUAUGCAGGAAGACGAAGGAAGAUUACAUCCUGAUGAGUUUACAAACCAGGUGUUCCAGUCGCAACCGGCGAGGUCGAUCUUUGACUGGACAAGGAUACCACCCUCGGAAAGUCUUCCUCCACACAUCAAAUUUGCUCGAUCAGUCGAUUGGGCAUCGACCCCCCUAGGACCCAUCGAAGAUUGGCCUGUAGACCUGAGAACCAUGUCCAACCUGGUUAUGGGCAGUCCACAUCCUGCUGCCAUGUACUGGGGACCCCAGUUCGUUAUCAUCUACAAUGAAGCAUAUCUCGACAUUGCAGGCCGAAAACACCCAAAACUUAUGGGUUCAUGCUACAUGGAGGCUUGGCCCGAGAUUUGGGAUGAGAUCAAACCGGUCUUCAAGAGCGCGCUGGAAUCCGGCCAAGCCACAAUGAAGCACGAGAAUCGGCUUUUCAUCAACCGGCACGGGUUUUUGGAAGAAACCUUCUUUUCCUGGUCUAUCGUCCCUCUCGUGGGUGGCGACGGCGAGGUUGUGGGAUUGUACAAUCCCGCAUUCGAAAACACUCGUCGUCGAGUCAACGAGAGGAGGAUGCUCACACUUCGUGAAAUCGGGGAGAGGACGGCCGCGGCGACGACUGUUCAGGGUUUCUGGCCACAGGUGCAGAAGGGCCUCGAGUAUAACGAAUUUGAUGUCCCAUUUGCAUUGAUUUACUCUGCGAGAGAGGACAAUGAGAGCGAAGUCUCAUCUUUACAUUCUGGCAGUUUGAUCCAUUCACCCCAAAUGGUCCUUGAGGGCGCUCUUGGUGUCCCCGAGAACCAUCCAGCAGCGGCUUCACACCUCGACUUACGGUCAUCUGAUGACGGCUUUGCCCCCUACAUGCGCCAGUCGAUGGCUGCGAAUGGCAUCCCAGUUGUGCUCUCUGAAGAAAACGGCACCCUCCCAGCGAGUCUCAUUGAGGGCAUCCACUGGAGAGGGUUCGGUGAUCCUUCAAAGACCAUUGUUAUCUUUCCCGUUAUUCCAACUACAGCGGGCGAAUCUGUGAUCGGUUUCAUUGUCAUGGGCACCAACUCUCGACGGCCUUACGAUGACGACUACAAACUGUUUGUCCAUCUGCUCAACCGGCAGCUUGCUACAUCGAUGGCUUCAGUCGUCCUGUUUGAGGAGGAGAUCAAGCGAGGGCAAAGAGCUGCUCGGCUCGCCGCUUUGGAUCGCCAAGAGCUCUCGAUGCAGCUUUACCUCCGCACGCAGGAGGCCGUGGAGAGCGAGUACAGGUUUACUAGAAUGGCCGAGUUUGCGCCAGUUGGCAUGUUCAUUGCUAAUUUCGCUGGAAAAAUCAACUACUGCAACGACAUGUGGUGGCAGAUUUCGAGGCACUCUCGAUCUGAAGACUCGGUGGAUACGUGGAUGGAUAGCGUUCGGAACGAGGACAGAGCUGCCCUGGAGCAGGCGUGGACCAGGCUAAUCACAGACAAGGUCACCAUCUCGGUCGAAUUCCGGUUCAAGUGCAGUCAGCAGAGCGGCGGAAACACAAUCGAUACGUGGGUGCUUAUGAGCGCAUACCCGGAGAAGAACCAAGACGGCAAUCUCAAGCUGAUUUUUGGCUGCAUCACCGACAUUUCUUCCCAGAAAUGGGCCGAAAAGGUUCAAAGCGAGCGCCGGGAGGAAGCCGUUGAGUUGAAACGGCAACAGGAGAACUUCAUUGAUAUCACGAGCCAUGAGAUGCGGAACCCCCUUUCAGCAAUUCUGCAAUGUGCCGACCAAAUUGCCAACAACAUCAGUACUUUUGACGCUCACGACGUCAGAGUCGAGGUGGAAACACUGUUGGAGAAUUGUCUCGACGCUGCCAACACAAUCAAUCUUUGCGCAAGCCAUCAGAAACGCAUUGUCGACGAUAUUCUGACACUAUCAAAGCUAGACUCAAACCUCCUGGCAGUGACCCCUGUGGACGAGCAACCUGUGAGGGUGGUACAAAGGGCGCUGAAGAUGUUUGAGUCGGAGUUGAUAGCCCAUGACAUCGAAUUCGCCUUUAACGUGGACAAGAGCUUUGACGAUUACAGCAUCAAGUGGGUGAAACUUGAUCCUUCCAGACUUCGACAGGUGUUGAUCAACUUGAUGACAAACGCCAUCAAGUUCACCCAAGGCCGGGAGAAGCGGACUAUUACGGUCAGCCUCAGCGCAUCCAAGCAUGUGUCUGAGUUGACUCGCAGGGGUGUGGUCUAUUUCGACAGGAUCGAUCAUCAGCGCACGGCUCUCAUGGACAUCAACAACGCGGAUGAAUGGGGUGUUGGUGAGGAAAUCAACAUCCACUGCACAGUGGAAGACACGGGUCCUGGUUUGCUUGAGGAGGAAAUGAGGUUGCUGUUCCAGCGGUUCCAGCAGGCUACUCCACGAACACACGUGCAAUACGGUGGAUCAGGGCUUGGGCUCUUCAUCUCGCGGAUUUUGACAGAGAUGCAAGGAGGGCAGAUUGGCGUCACAUCCCAGCGAGGCAUCGGCAGCAAGUUCAGCUUCUACAUCAAAACUCGGCGCUCUCUCAACCCUUCCUCGGAUUACGAGCAGGUCACACCUUUCAGGAUUAUGCGAAAGGCGCAGUCUCUAACCCCUCCGUCCAAGCCUGAGCUUACUCGCCAGGUUUCACGGCCAGGACCCGAAGACUCGAACCAACUGUUUGACGUGUUGAUCGUUGAGGACAAUAUUGUCAACCAGAAGGUUCUCCAGCGACAGCUACGCAACUGCGGCAACAACACGUUUGUCGCGAAUCACGGCAAAGAGGCGCUCCAGACACUGCAACGAUCAAGAUUCUGGGCCGGCAAGGAGGCUGAGGGUGUCGAUAUCUCAGUCAUCCUCAUGGAUCUUGAAAUGCCCGUCAUGGACGGCAUGACGUGUGCUCGGAAAAUCCGAGAGCUCGAACGGGAGGGGACCAUUGUCCAGCACAUUCCUAUCAUUGCUGUCACGGCUUACGCACGACCGGAACAGAUCGAGAGUGCAAAAGCCGCAGGGAUUGACGAUGUCAUCUCCAAACCGUUCCGCAUCCCUGAGCUACUGCCCAAGAUCGAAGAACUGGUUGGCAAGUAUAAAAACCUUUCGGUGUCUGCUUGA